CGGAAAUGUUGCCAGUUACACCUUCAUUAGUACACCCGUUCGUGCACGUUUGCGCGUCCGUCGCUUCGGCACGUUUGCGAUUACACGCUAUAAGUUGCGAGUGAUGUCGAAAUAACCCGGGCUGAUUGCAACUCGUUGUUGUUCACACUCGUUCUGUCGUUGACACGUGGUGUACAUCAUGGGGAGCACGGACACUACGGCGAAAUUGCUCAACGAUAACUACGAGAUUGACGAGUACGGAGCUAACCUGAAAAUUCUACCCUGCAACAACCAGGUGAAAGAGUUGCAAACUAUUUUGCGGGAUAAGAAUACUACGAGAAGUGAUUUCAAAUUCUACGCCGACCGUUUGAUCAGGCUAGUCAUUGAAGAGAGUUUGAACCAAUUGCCUUUUACAAAAUGUGUGGUGACAACACCGACCGGUGCCAAAUACAAAGGUUUAAAGUAUCAGAAGGGAAAUUGUGGUGUAUCUAUAGUGAGAAGUGGUGAGGCUAUGGAACAGGGUCUAAGGGAUUGUUGUCGUAGUAUCAGAAUUGGUAAGAUAUUGGUAGAAAGCGAUAUUGACACGCAUGAAGCUAGAGUAGUUUAUGCUAAAUUCCCAGAUGAUAUAUCCGAGAGAAAGGUCUUAUUGAUGUAUCCAAUAAUGAGUACAGGAAACACUGUCAUAAAAGCUAUAGCUGUGCUUAAAGAACAUAACGUGCUCGAAGAAAAUAUCAUCCUGUCAAAUUUGUUUUGUACACCAAUCGCAGCCAAAUCUCUAGUCACUGCCUUCCCUAAGAUGAAGAUCUUAACGUCAGAGAUCCAUACAGUUGCGCCAAAUCAUUUUGGACAAAAAUACUUUGGAAAAAACACUAUACGCAAUGAAGAUGCUUAUGAUCCAAGACUCUCACAUCUUUUAAAGGCUGUACUCGUGUUGUAGUGGAGACACCAAAUAUACAAGAGAAAUAUAAUUGAGGAUGUAGUAUCAUUAGACUUCAAUUGAACUGAUCAAAUUUAACUUAUUUAGAAUAUAAUGAAUGUCCUUAUAUCUUGAGUAAAUCAAUCAGAUUAUUUUUACCUUGAGAAAGGAUAAAGAAUAUUUUUAGAUAUUGUAUACCAAGAACUAUAUAUUACGUGUAGCUAGUUUUUAUAACGCUUUUGAAAAAGACCAGCGUAUAGGCUGCUUUAUUUGUUAUAAGAAUUUUAUCUAUAUUUGAGUAUCAUAUAUCUACAUGUGUACUUACCUUAUUUAAUAAUAGAAACAGACUUAAUAAAUUCCUCAAAAUAGAUAUUGUUACUUUAUACGUCAUACAAUAUUUAUUAUUUAGUAAAAUAUAUUAGAAAUAAAUUUUAAGGAUAUAUAAACGGAAUCUUAAACUUGAAUCAUUGUAUUUAUUAAUAAAUUCUUGUAUGUAUGUAACAAUGAUUGCUGUUGAGCCGUGUGUGUGUGUGUGUGUGAUGCGUGUAAUGAAUAUUAUUUUGUAAAUAUGGUUAUAUCUAAUGAUUAUAUAUCUAAUAUAAUAUGUUAAAAUUUAUUUUAACAUUAAUAUUUAAUCUUUAUUGUUACCGUCCCCUGCUCUUCAUCCUUGUAAUGAGAAAGACAUGUCAACAUGAAUAAAACUUUGCUCUCUUUGAUUGUAGCAGUAAAUUAUAUAUAUAUAUAUCAUGUGCGAUAUCAAUAAUAGAUAUAUCAUGUUGAAGAAUAGAAAUAUAAUAGCAAAAAUAACUUUUUAUUUCAUUUAUUUAUUUAUAACAAAGCAACUUGUAGCAAAUAUUGGGUAAAGCUUAAUUCUUUUGUGAUGGAAGUAUCGUUUCAACGAUGUAGAUAAGCAAUAAAAUAUUUACGCAAGAUAUUCUUGCUGAGCGUAGGAAGAAAAUGUCAUGACUAAAAAUAA